UCCUCCAGAGCUCCGACAGACCGGACCAGAGACACACGGGAAGCGGCGUGUCUGCGCAUCUGUCACCGUUACAAACUUCAUGGACUGGUCGGAGGGGGGGUGGACGAACGAUAAUCUUAUUUCCACCUUUUCUUUUUAACAUCUAUCCUUUUUUUCCCUUUUUCUUUUUUUGGUCUUCCAGUCAAAUGUCACGAGGGAAAAGAAAAAGAGGAAAAAGUCUCUCCAUCGGCUCUUAUGUUUCCCCCUAUUCUCACUGAGCCGCCACUCCGAGCGUUCGGGCGUCCAGCCAGCAGGAGAUGAAAAGCUGCCAAUGAGCGAUUUCUACGUUGAGCACCAGCCAUGGCUGCCCAUCGCAUCAUCAGAGUGACGAACAACAAUAACGUCCUUCCUCGCUGCAAGUCUGAGGGGACGCUCAUCGACCUUAGCGAAGGGUUCACCGGGGCCAGUCUUAACGAUGUCAAAGUGCCUUCUCCCAGUGCCUUAAGGCUGGAUACUUCAGCCUCCUAUGGAGCUGCGCAGGAAGUGGUUGCCAUAAAGGAUUAUUGCCCCAGCAGCUUCACCACGCUGAAGUUCUCCAAAGGGGAUCGCCUCUAUGUGUUGGACACGUCAGGUGGAGAGUGGUGGUACGCCCACAACAACACGGAAAUGGGCUACAUCCCAGCCGCCUACGUCCAGCCGGUCAACUUCAGGAACUCUAUGCUUAGCGACAGUGGGAUGAUUGACAGUCUCGGGGAAGGAUACGAGGAUGGGUCAAAGGAGUUUGGAGGUUUGGGGGAGUGGACAGGGAUAACCCUUAAGCCCUCCCCAAUUUACAACAACAGUCCCCUCUCUCUGAACCCCUUUAUCCAUCCGUUAGAUCAAAACUGCAAAGAUAUAGGUGUAAGGAACUCAACAGAUCUUAUUCUGUUUGAUGCACUGGCAUCUCCAUCAUCUUGCUCAAACUUUAACACCAAUACAAUCAUGACCAAUGGGUUCAGCAGCUGCCACAUUAACAAUACCACCCUCACCAGCCCAAAUCAAGCGGUUGGACCUAACCUCCACAGGGAUAACCCGUUUUUUAGGGGUAAACGCUCCCACAGUCUCUCAGAACUGUCAGUCUUGCAGGCGCAGUCGAAUCCAACCUUACCUUCCUCUGGAUUCUUCACAGGCCUUAAGGCUCCUUCACCGGAGCAGUUUCAGAGCAGGGAGGACUUCAGGACUGCUUGGUUGAACCACAGAAAGCUAGCCAGGUCUUGCCAUGACCUUGACUCCCUGGGUCAGAGUCCUGGGUGGGGCCAGACGCAGCCGGUGGAGACCAACAUUGUGUGCAAGUUGGACAGUAACGGAGGAGUUGUUCAGCUCCCGGACACCCAAAUCACCAUACACAUCCCUGAAGGCCACGUCAGCCAUGGAGACCACCAACAGAUCUCCAUGAAAGCGUUACUAGAUCCUCCUCUGGAGCUCAACGGUGACCACUGCUCCACUGUUAGCCCCGUGGUGGAGAUCAAGCUGAGCAACAUGGAGACCAGGUCCUUUAUCACGUUGGAGAUGAAGGUAUUGGUAACCAUCAAGAAGGAAAGUUGUCACACGGCAGAGGUGCUUUGCGUUCGAAGUGACUGCAAAGAAGGGCCUUACACACCCAUCCCCAAUGCUUACAUUUACAAGGAUACAGUCCAGGUGCAGCUGGAUAGUUUAGAGCCUUGUAUGUAUGUGGCUGUUGUGGUUAAGGCACAGUACAUUAGCCACAAUACCACUGUUUGGGACCAUGUGCAGAGGAAAGUAACGCUGGGUGUCUACGGUCCCAAGCACAUUCACCCUUCCUUCAAAACAGUUGUGGCAAUGUUUGGGCAUGACUGUGCCCCCAAUACAUUGUUGGUAAAUGAGGUGGGCCGGCAGGCUAACUCCACCCCGCCAGUGGCCCUCCAGCUGUGGGGGAAACACCAGUUUGUGCUGGGGUACCCUCAGGACCUCCAGGUGGGAUUGUACUCCAACAUGUCCAACUAUCAGGUGAAGGCGAGCGAGGGUGCCGGGGUGAUUCAGGGAUUUCAGGUCAAACUGGGGAAAGUCAGCAGGCUCCUGUACAUGAUCACAUCGCGUGACCCCAACAGCAUCUCAGAUUUUACUCUCAGGGUCCAAGUCAAGGAUGCCCUUGACUGUAUCCUCACCCAGUUUUGCGUCCAAACGCCAUCACCGCCACCAAAGACCGAAGCGAGGAUAAUGGGCCAGAGGAGGUUUCUGAAAAAGAAAGAGGUGGAUAAGAUUGUCCUCUCACCACUGGCUGUCACUUCCAAAUACCCAAAGUUUCAGGACCGAUGCAUUACCAUCCUUAAAUUUGGCAAGUUGAUCAAAACAGUGAAUAGGCAGCACAAGAGUACUUAUCUGUUGGAGUACAAAAAGGGGGAUGUUAUUGCUUUGCUCAGCGAGGACAAAAUCAAACUGCGAGGGCAGCUGCGGACCAAAGAGUGGUUCAUUGGAUACUACCUGGGGAAGAUAGGCCUUGUCCAUGCCAAGAAUGUUUUAGUUCUGGGUAAGGUCAAGCCUAUUUAUUGGUGUGGGCCGGACCUAACAACCACAAUGCUGCUGGAGCAGAUCCUGAAGCCUUGCAAAUUUCUUACGUACAUCUACGCAACAGUGAGGACGGUUUUAAUGGAGAAUGUGGGCAACUGGAGGGCAUUUGCAGAUGCCCUUGGGUAUGGGAAUUUGCCACUUAAUUGUUUUUGCCGAACCGAACUGGACAAUGAGCCGGAGAAGGUGGCGUCGGUUCUGGAGAAACUCAAAGAGGAGUGUACGAACAUGGAGAACAAGGAGAGGAAGUCCUUCCAGAGGGAACUCAUGAUGGCGUUGCUGAAGAUGGACUGCCAGGGUCUGGUUGCCAGACUGGUCCUGGAUUUCGUCUUGCUGACCACGGCGGUGGAGGUGGCGUUCCGCUGGAGGGAACUGGCCGAGAAACUUGCUCGAGUGUCCAGACAGCAGAUGGAGGCCUACGAGGCUCCGCACCGCGACAAGAACGGCCUGUUGGACAAUGAGUCCAUGUGGAAGCCAGCCUACGAUUUCCUCCUGACGUGGGCCGCCCACGUCGGGGACAGCUACCGAGACGUGAUCCAGGAGCUCCACCUCGGCCUGGACAAGAUGAGGAACCCCAUCACCAAGAGGUGGAAGCACCUGACGGGCACGCUAAUCCUCGUCAACUGCCUCGAUACGCUCCAAAGUGCUGCCUUCUGUCCCACGGGAUACGGAGAUUUCGCUGUGUGAACACUUUCGUGCACCUGGAGAACACAUUCUGUUAAAAGUCUACGAGGGCUGUUGCGGUAACUGGUAGAGACCAGUCCGAUACCAGUGUCGGAAUAGUCUCCGAUACGGUCUAAAAUGCCGGUAUGGGUAUCGGAGAGUACCGGAGUUUAUGCACCGAUCCAAUACCACAUAGUUUAGCCCUGAAGAAAAUCUACUUUAAAGUAGUUCAUCUAUGUUCUUUUUCCGUGAUGACUCACUCAAGUUCAGGUAUCGGAAUCGGUAUUGGGAAGGAAAAAAUGGAAUCGGACCAUUUCUAGUUACUGGAGCCCAAUACAUGUGCAGAGUUUUGUCUUGGACGGUUGGACAAGCUUCUGUACGUCCUCUUGUUUGGAGUCUUGGACGGGCGUCAUCGGUGGCAGCACCGAUUGGUUUCCGUUAAGCGCCAGAUGUACAAAUGUUAUUGCACGAUUCUUGGCAUUGAAUAAGUCAAUGUGAAACUGGAGGAUCUGCCUCUCUCUGUUUUUAUGCCUUUUGUUAGGUUAGUCCUGUUUUCUCUGUGUUUUUUUUUUUUACCUCCCCCUUGGUCUUCCCUUUUAAUUUUGCUCCAAUUGAUGACAGUGUGUGUGAAUUGUUCUUUCCGUUUCCACAUCUCCCUCAGGACAACAUCAGAGACCUCGCCCACUGCAGUAUACGUGACCACACGUACUGUGAACUUUGACCUGUCCGCCACCUUUAAAAGCUGUUUUUACCCCCCCUUUGUUUGCAAGCUAAAUUUUUACACACAACGCAACUUUUCCCUCCAUUCUUUCACUGCUUCUCACUGGCCGAAGAAGGCGGAGCUGAUGUGUUGUUUAAAUGAAAUUAAUCAAAAAAAUAGUUUCAUACAUUCAAAACAUUAAGAGCAUUUCUCGGUCAUGGUAACUUUACGUGUGACUCGCAAGAUAUACUUCUAUUUUUUAUACUUGCAGAACGAUACAGGCGAUGAUAUUAUUGGCAGUGUUAUUCUUGUGUACUGUACGCUUCAAGAGUUAGAACUUCAGAAUCAAAAUUACAACCGUGGUGUAAAAUAUGUACACUUGAGUUUUUAGCCGAACAUCCAAAUCUAUUUUCCUUUUUAAAGCAUGAAAUCCUACAUUUAUUGUACAUAAGUGCAUCCAAUAUUUUCAAGAUGUUAGACUGUUGCGCACACACGUUUUAAUUUUUUCAGGGAUUACGUAUUUGAUGAAGAUAGACCUAAAAUGAUCAUGAUAAUGUUAAAAUUCCUGCUAAAGGUGCCAGUACAGCACAUUUUUUGCAAGUUUGCUAUUUUUACUUUCUGACUUCUCCAACGCAUAAAUUUCAUUAUUUUCUUGUGGUGCAUUUUAUUGGAGUGUUUUAACUUUGGGUUUUUUCAACUGCAAUGCAAUUCUAUAGGACAAAUGUGCAUUGUCGACUUCGUCCACUAAAAUUGCUUUAUUUCUUGCAGAUUAAUAUUAUAAGUGUCUGACAACAUUAUGGAAAGGAUCCCUACAGAGAUAGACCUUUUUUUAAAGAGUAACAUCCUCUUUGUUUAACCAAAAAAAGCUCUGAGGUCGCUAGCGCUAAACUCACCAGACUCCAUUUUAAAAAACAGCACUUUUAGUGUGUAUAGAGCCAACAUAUUUUC